UAAUCAGUGUUUACAGGAAUUACAAUGGUAAAAUUUGAAAAUAAAAUCUAAAUAAAUUAGUCUUUAAAUCAGCAAAAAACACCAUUAAAAUUGGUUGGGAUUUAUCAGUUGGAGUUUAAGCUGAACGAAACAGCAAGAUGGCUCUUACACUGAAAAAAGUGAAGGGAAGUUUGGAUCGUAUGUUUGAUAAGAAUAUGCAGGAUCUCGUCAGAGGAAUUCGGAAUCAUAAGGAGUCGGAGUCUCGCUACAUCGCUGGUUGUGUUGAAGAAAUCAAAAGUGAACUGAAGCAAGACAAUGCGGCAAUCAAGGCAAAUGCUGUCAACAAGCUUAUAUAUCUUCAAAUGCUUGGGUAUGACAUCAGUUGGGCAGCUUUCAAUAUCAUUGAAGUCAUGAGUUCACCAAAGUUCACAUUCAAGAGAAUCGGAUAUUUCGCUGCAUCUCAAUCAUUCCACUCUGAAACCGACGUUCUCAUGUUGACAACGAAUAUGAUUCGAAAAGAUCUCGGAUCGCAGACAAUGUACGAUACAGGAGUCGCUCUCAGCGGACUGUCAUGCUUCAUUACUCCGGAUUUAGCAAGAGAUUUAGUCAACGAUAUUCUGGCUUUGAUGUCAUCCACUCGUCCCUACAUUCGCAAACGAGCCGUCCUUAUUUCAUAUAAAAUAUUCCUUGCUUAUCCUGACGCUCUUCGACCUGCGUUUCCAAGAUUGAAAGAAAAGCUGGAGGACCCUGAUCAAGGUGUCCAAUCUGCUGCUGUGAACGUAAUCUGCGAACUUGCUCGAAAGAACCCGAAAAAUUAUCUCUCUCUCGCUCCGAUUUUCUUCAAACUGAUGACAACAUCAACAAAUAAUUGGGUUCUUAUCAAAAUAAUAAAACUGUUUGGAGCAUUGACACCACUGGAACCUCGACUUGGGAAGAAGCUGAUUGAACCAUUGACAAAUCUUAUUCACAGUACUUCUGCAAUGUCUCUGCUGUAUGAAUGCAUAAAUACUGUAAUACAAGUACUUAUAUCAUUUACUUCAGGAAUGACAGAUCACAGUUCAUCGAUACAGCUCUGCGUUCAGAAGCUUAGAAUUCUCAUUGAAGAUGCAGAUCAGAAUUUGAAGUACCUUGGGCUAUUAGCAAUGUCUCGGAUUCUAAAAUCUCAUCCUAAAGCCGUCCAAUCACAUAAAGAUCUUAUUCUGCAAUGCUUGGAUGACAAGGAUGAAUCUAUCAGAUUGAGAGCGCUGGAUUUAUUGUUUGGAAUGGUUUCCAAGAAAAAUUUGAUGGAAAUUGUCAAAAAACUGAUGGUUCAUGUAAACAAAGCAGAAGGAAGUCAAUAUAGAGAUGAAUUGCUGACGAAAAUAAUUGAGAUCUGCAGUCAACAGAACUAUCAGUAUAUUACUAACUUUGAAUGGUACGUUACUGUUCUUGUUGAACUCACCAGAACUGAGGGAGCAACUCGUCAUGGGUCCUUGAUUUCAUCUCAAAUUUUGGAUGUCGCAAUCCGUGUGAAAACAAUUCGACCAUUUGCAGCUAAACAAAUGGCUGUCCUUCUGGAGAAUUCUCAUGUCAUUGCUUCUCAGCUCCAGCGCAACGGUAUGCAAGAAGUGCUCUAUGCUGCUGCUUACGUAUGUGGAGAAUUCGCACAAUUCAUCGAAAGCCCGUCUUCCCUCCUGAAUGCGAUGUUGAGCCAUCGUGUGGUCAGCCUACCAGCUCAUAUCCAAGCAAUUUACAUCCAGAACUCGAUGAAGUUGUUUGCUUCUGCUGUUACUCAAGCUGAGGAAAAUGAAGACCAUGAAAAGGUAGAAGAACUUUUGAAACUAGUGAUGGGAAAAUUACCAGCGUUUGUGCAAAGCGGCGAUUUGGAAGUACAGGAGAGAGCCUCCUGCAUUUUAAGCAUGAUGAAAUACGCUUCCAAAGCUCAAGGGAAGGGAUCAAAGGUCGCAGGAGAUUUCAACGAUUUAUUCAAAGGGGAGUUGAACCCUGUGGCACCGAAGGCUCAGAAGAAGGUUCCAGUUCCGGAAGGGCUUGACCUUGACGCCUGGAUCAACGACCCUCCGUCGUCAUCUGAAGACGAUGUUCCAACGACCUUCAACUACAAAUUGAAUGACAAUGUCGAUGAUUUCUACUCGACUAAGAAAGAGAAAAUGAAAGAACUAUCUCCAGAAGAGAGAAAAAAAAUGAGAGAACAGAGAAUCCAAGAGCAAGCCAGCAAUCCUAACUAUCUUUCAAGUUCCAAGCCCAAACAUUCUUCACAGCCGAUGGCAAACGGCUACCAAGAACCUGGCGAUGACACUGGUGAUUUGCCGCCGGUUACAGACAUCGAUAUCUCGAUUCCGCUACAUGUACCUGGGAUGACAUCUAGUGACAAGUAUUUGAGACAGGAACAAGACAGACGUCGUCGACGACAAGAAGAACGCAAGAAAAGAAGGGAUGAAAAGGAAAGGAAGAAAGAUAAGAAAGGUCGUAAAGGUCGCAAGAAAGGUCGUCAAGUUGUUGAAGACUCGCCAGAUGAAGAUAUUGAACCAGUGCAUGCUGUUGAUAUUGUACAAGAGGAAAUGCCAGAGGGAGCUGUACAAACGGAUUCUGAAGAUGACACAAAGAAGGAGGAUAUUUAUAAAGCAUUGGACAUUGAUCUAGAAAGUCCUCUCACUGCUCAAGACAAACUACCAACUCCAACCCAUCGAGUUGCGAAAGAAUCGCCACAAAAGGGCGAUGAAGAGCCAGAAGAGAAAAAGAAGAAACGUAAAAAGAAAGAAAAGAAGAAGAAGGAAAAGAAGACUCGUCAUCACCAUCACCAUGAGAAGCAUGAGCAUCCUCAAGAAAGCUUGCUAUUGGUUGACGAGGGGGAGGAGCCAACAGUUGCCGCUAGCAACGGUGAUGAUGUCACUACUCCUGUGACAUCACAAGAUAAAGUGAAUGGACACCAAGAUGCCCCAAAAGAAACGGAUAAAGAAGAUUUGGACUUCUGGCUGUCUCCUGGCUCUGGUACUACGGGAGCAACUGCUGCUGUAAAUGGAGAUGGGGAUGCCCCCUCCCCGAAACAGGAUACUCCUGAAGAAUCCCCAGCUAAACAGCAUCGUCAUAAGAAGAAGAAAAAGCAUGAAAAGUCUUCAAAGCACAAGAAACACAGGAAAGAAAGAGAGGAAUCUCCUGAAAAGGCUGAAACUGGAAAGGAAAAGACUGAAGAGAGACCAAGCACCCCACCAUUACCGGCGAUGACACGCUUCGUUGAUCUUGGUGAGAACGAACACAUCGGAAUAAAAUAUGAGACCCGUGUUAUAUCCAUGCAAGAAAAACAAAUCAUGGUGGCGCUAGUGUUCCAGAAUAAAGUCGACAAACAGCUGAAAAGUAUUGAAUUUAAUGUCUUGGAUACCUUGAAUACAAGACUCAUCCGAGGACCUGGUUCAACAUCACACGACCCGGUGAAGAUACCGUUCAUUCUACUGCCCUCAUCUGGCAACGAAGCCCAACUUUUAUUUUCCGUCGUAAGUUUAAACAUGCCGCAACGUCUCCGUGGAACCGUGACGUACAUUCUUAAAGACGAAGAAGGUUCAAGUCAACAUAAAUUGGAUUUCAAACUGUAUCUGCCGUGUUCCGCUUAUCUACUGACGGCUCCGUGCAAUAGUGAACGUUUCACCCAUCUUCUGUCAUCUGGAGAAGUUUCAGAAAAAUCAUCGAUACGGGUCAAUGCUCCUGACCUUAAAUUCAGUCAUGCAUUACAAAAGAUUUGUUUCUAUCUCAAAUUCUCAGUGGUUGAACGUGUUGAUGAUUCUGCAUCUCUUUACGCUGCUACAAUUCAGCAACACCAUGUUUGUCUGCUUAUAAAGGCUGUGCCUAAUGGAAUAUCCGUCGAUGGCAAGUCAACAGACUCUUCUCUACUUUCAAACAUUCUUGACGAAGUUAAAGAAAUCUUCAAGUGAACACUGGACUCCUUCAAGCUUAAUAAACUCAUAUAGGGAACACUGCUAUAAAAAUAACAGUGAUAUUUUGGGAUGUAUUGGACAACAAUAACUAAAGACAAAUAAUUUUCUGUAUUGAAUACAUUCGAAUUUAAGAUAUUGAAAGAGCUCAUUUUUGAUAGAUGAUAGAAAAGAAUGCUGACCAAUACAUUAUAAAAUAGGUUGUAUUUUUAAAAAUUACACAUAUUUCACCCUCUUAAAACGUUGAUACUGGAAAAAAUAUUUUAGCCUGCUAUUAUUUUUUUGGCUUUAAUAAUUUAUAGCUGUUCGAGUUACAUGUUUUCUCCAUUGAAAGUAUAAGAAACACUGGUGUAAGUAUGAAAAAAAAUCUUAUUCCUGUGCUACUUUGUGAUUGUACUGGCAUAUGGCACAUCUUCCAUGUAUUUAAAAAACCUAAUCAAUGUUGAUCGCACAUUUUAUACAAUAUUUAAAAAAAAUAUUAACAGCUGAAAAAAGCUCCAAAUGCUUGUAAUUCAGGGUGACCCCCCACCCCCCACAAAAAAACUAAAAACAAAACUCAUUUUCAAAAUUUGGGAAAUAUGCCAGAGAAAACAAAUAUUGUGCGAAGCGUACCAAAUUACUGAUACUUUGAGUAAAAUCAGUGGUGGGAUUCAAAUUUUUGUCAGCCGGUUCCAUCGCAAAAGUCACUCUGCCGGUCAUUCGGCCGGUUCUGUUAUAUGUUUUUUCAGUAAUGCUAACCGGUUCGCUGAUCUCAUAAAAUUCCGUGAGACGGUUCUAUAGAACCGGUGCGAACCGGCUGAAUCUCACUACUGGGUAAAAUCAUACACAAACAGAAGUUAAAGUGGGAAAUUUUUUUUUCAUAUUUUGAUGGGAGUAAUUUAGAAAUACUAUGGGUUCAGUUUUUUCUUGGAGAGGGGGUCCCCCCUUAAGAAAUGUGUGGAUGUGGACAUGAAUGCACUCUUUUUUACUUAGAGAGCGCAUAGUGGUAUAUCAAUCUCCCAUAAUCUUCAUUGUUCCUGAGAUCUGGAAAAAUUAAAUUAUUUAUAGGGAUAUAUUAUGCGCCGAAUGUAUGUAUACUUUGCUAUUUCAAAAUCAACGCUGAAAUUAGCCGUAUAAUAUAAUUCUUUAUUACUUUAUUGUAUAACAUUAAGCUUAUACCCCAACAAAAGUUUGGUGCGAGUCAUAAAAUAGUGGGCGUGGCAGUGGCAAUCGACCAAUCAUGUUCUGAUGUCUAGAAAACUGUAUUUUAAAACUGUUCGAUAAAAUACUAAGUUAUCCAUUCUUUGUAAACCAGGGCUGU